AUGUCAAAAAAUAAUUCCAUAAUUUUAAAUAAAUCAACCGCACCAAAACCUUCAAUACCCUUCACUAUAUUACCAAGUCCUUUUCAAACUGUAAUUGUGAUCAGUGCAGCACAGUAUCAACAAGCCAUACAAAAAACAAAUGAACUUGACAAUGAAAUUAAAAAUACUGGAGUAAAUCUAACGCUUAUUCAAGAAGUUAGCAAGAAAAAAAAGAUCGAUUAUUCAAAUAUUAUUUCAGAGUUAAUUCCUUUAUACGCAAAAAUCAAUCGAUUAAUUCCGUUAUAUUAUAUUGUCACAAAGAACAAUGACAUGGCAGCGAGGAAUCUCAUAACUAUGAAAUAUCGUAUCCAACAACAAAUUAUAUCACUUCCUGAUGAAUUAUUUUUCUUAAGGAUCGAUGAAUUACAAAGACACAAAGAAUUACUUUAUCAGCUUGAAAAGUAUGAACCUGAAUUAGAAAAAUUACAAAAUUCUGGAGGUUACAUUGCAUACGGUGAUUCAUUUGGUCAACUUUCAAGUCAAGUUGGAGAUUUAUUUGUGCCAAACCAACUAAAUAAGUCAAUCAAAAUGCCACCAAAGAAAAAAGAAACGAAACAAAAACUAACUGAUUUUUGGUCCACAAAUAAAAAUGAAGGUGACAGCACUCAACCAAAAAAGAAACUAAAACAUAAUAAUGCUACGACAACUAAUGACACUCAUGUUAUUAACAUUACUGAUGACAAUAACGAUAAAGAAAAACCAAAACAGCAAGAGAAGAGUCAAUUCGAACAAGAUGAAGAUUUAGAUGAGUUAUUAUCGUUAUCAUAUCAAGAAGUCGAAGGAGGGGCAGAAGUGGAAGAAGAUGAUAAUAUUACUGCUAUUGGUACAAGUGCUAGUACAAAUAUCGGCGUUACUACCAAUUCUUCUAUUGCCACAUCAUCGUCAUCGUCUUAUUCUGUUGGAUCUGAAAUUAGAUCAAAAUUAGUAUUUCAUUACGAUGAUCUUAGUGAAGAAGAGAGAAUUCUUAUCGCUUUCGAUAUGGAUUACACAUACGGACCAUGCGUAGGAUUAACGAGACUACAAAGAUGGAACAGAGCAUGCAAACUCGGAUUGCAGCCACCAGCUCAAGUUAAAGAAUUAUUAUCAGGACCUUGCACUACAAAUCUUAUUGAAUGUGUGUUCUAUGGAAGGUUAUCUCAUCGUGUGUCCAAUGUUGACCCUACAAUUGUUUUUAGCAAAACCUUCGAGAUAGGCUCAUCAGAUGUGUUCAAGAAGGCCCGGGUAGAUACCGGUAAAGAUUAUUAUUUAGUCUGUCAUACAGAAAUUACCACAUUGACCGUUUCAAAAGUGUCUGAAUUUUUAUCAACUAUGAUAAAUUGA